GCCUUACGUUUUAGGACUUCACUUCAACCCUUCUUGAAUUCUCCUUAAUUCUAUAUGUGCAUGUGUGUGGCUCAUAUUUCUCUCUCACAUUCUUGACACCAAAAGCCGUAGACUAUGCUUACACUCUUUACUUUUACUUCUCUUCCAUCAGUCGAUCAUCAGCUUCUGCUUGAUCCUCGCCAUAUCUUGCCAUGUUGAAUGAUCAGAGAGUAUACGCUAGCACUAGCCACGGAGAAGACAAUCAGGAAGACGAAGAAAUCCGGGACAUCCACGCUCUGACCCCACCUCACCCACCACCGGUGAAUCGUGGCCGUCGAAGGGAAGUUUGGGAAACGAGCAGCCAUAGAUCAUCGUCCGUGUCCAUGGCUAGCGAAGGUGCUUUAAGUGAUCAAAACUUCACAAGCAUGAGUAGGGAGUUCAGCGCCUUGGUGGUUGCAGGGUCGGUUAUAGACAGUAGUAAUAAUUCUAACGGUAAUGAAGGCGCAAGCAAUGGAAACAACAACUUGGCAAGGAUUGGAGAAGAUCACGAGAUGCCGGAGGAGGAGAUGAACCCGUUGGCUAUUGUGCCGGAUAAUCAUUACCCGUUUGACCCGGUUCCGUCUCCUCGACCCGGGGCUCCAACAAGAAGUGGUUCUCAAAGUGAGAUUUCAGUGCACUUAGUGAAGAAAGAGGAAGUGGAAUCGAAGAUAUCGGCAUGGCAGAACGCGAAGGUUGCGAAGAUCAACAAUCGGUUUAAGAGGGAGGACGCGAUUAUUAACGGAUGGGAGAGUGAGCAGGUUCAAAAGGCAACAUCGUGGAUGAAGAAAGUUGAGAGGAAACUAGAGGAGAAAAGGGCAAGAGCUCUGGAAAAGAUGCAGAAUGAUGUGGCGAAAGCGCGCAGAAAAGCAGAAGAGAGGAGGGCAUCGGCUGAGGGUAGGAGAGGAACAAAAGUGGCCGGGGUUCUCGAAGUAGCCAACUUGAUGAGAGCUGUUGGAAGAGCUCCUGUCAAACGCUCCUUCUUCAGCUGAGCCUUAUUACUCUAUUAGCUACAUUUCCCUUAAUUCCUUUUACCCAAAAAAAAAAAAGAAAUUUAUAUGCACAAUAAAUGGCCCAAAUUUAUUAGGGCUCUUUCACAUGGUACCCUGUAUGAGAAGGGGGCAGUUAUUGUGGCCCCAUUGGGUGUUUUCCUUUUUGAGUGUUUGAAGUGUGCUUAGAAUUUUGAGAGGGACUUGUUAAUGAUGGUGGAGGGUCUUGUACAGUAAUUUUGCUUCUUUUUCUUGGCAGCUAUAGGUAGUUGGUGCUUAGCUUAAUUAAUUGCACGCCAUUUGCUUGUCUAAACUCUGUUUUACAUCUAUCUGCUAUAGAUUGAAUGAUAUUUUGCUAUA